AUGGCAUCCAUCUCCGUGCCGCGAAAGGAUCCCAAGGCGCUCACCUCCUACCUGCGAUCUGUGCCUCCAAACCAACUAGCGCAGGCAUUGAGCUUCCUCGAAGAAACAAAGGUGCCCUUGAACACCAUUCACUGCAACGUGAUCCUGGCAGCACAUGCUCGAUCUAAGAACUGGUCUGCUGCCCUGCAGCUGUUGAACCGGCUGCCGCAGAUGAAGAUUCAAGCGGAUGUUGUGUCAUUCAACUCAGCCAUUUCAGCCCGUGCGAUGUGGUUUGCAGCCCUCCACCUCUUAAAGCGAAUGCAAUCAUCAAAGAUCAUACCGGACAUUUUCACCUUCAACUCCCUCAUCUCUGUGUGUGGCAGCGCUGCCCAAUGGCAGCAGGCACUUGCAAGUUUCGAGAUGAUGACGGCCCAAAGAUGUUUGCCAGAUGCGAUCACCUCUUCCGCCUUGGUAAAUGCUGGUGCCUCUGCGCUGCUGUGGGAGCAGGCCACUUCUUUGGCCUUCCGAAUCGAAGCCUCCACAGCCAGCCACAACGCCGUGGCCAAGAGCUUGGCCUCGAGCUCGUGGCCGCGGGCAGCGCAGCUGAUGUGUCGAAUGCGACAGCAGCAGCUGGACCCCAACGAGAUCACCAGUGGAGCAGCGGCGACAGCGACAGGAUCCGGAGGCUCUUGGCACCAAGUGCUGCUCAUUUCACCACGAAACGAGGUUUGGUUUGGUGGUCUGAUAGCUGGAUCCCAGCCUUGGCCAUUAGCAGCCCAUUUUUUGGGCAUGAUGGAGCUGGAACAGCUGCAGAUCAAUGAGAUUUGCUAUUCCGCUUGCCUAGGGGCUUGUGCCAAAGGAGGAGCAUGGAACUUUGCCAUGAAGAUGUUUGGUGCAAUGCCAGCGAAUGCCUUGCAACAGGAUGAGAUUGCCUACAGCAAUGUCUUGUCGCAAUCCUGGGAAAGUGCUCUUGGAACACUGGCAAUGUUGCAGCUUGGGGGCGCCGAAGCCAACUUGAUAUGCUGCAGCGCCACCACAGCAUCCUGUUCCAAGAGUCAAUUCUGGCAGCAGUCUGCAGGACUCUUCAGCUGGAUUCAGGACAAGAAGGUGCUUCCAAAUAUCAUCAGUUGCAACUCAGUGCUGUCUGGAUGUAGCUGGGAAGCUGCUCAGCAGCUGCUGGACACUCUUCCUUUGAUGCAUUUGGAAUCGGACUUUGCCAGCUACACAGCCCUUCUCACCUCCUUGCGCUCGUCCCAAUGGGAAUUAGCCGUGCGGGCGAUCUCUGACAUGUCCGGCCUUGAAGUGGAGGUGGGCCCCACCAUGUGCAAUGCUGCCAUCACUGCCUGCUCCAAAGGAGCGCAGUGGGAUAUGGCGCUGCAUCUCUUGAACGCAAUGCCAGUCAGACGGAUUGCGCCAACUGCAGUCAGCCAUUGUUCCGUCAUCGAUGGCUGCGAAGCUGCUGGAGAACUAGACAUCGCCAAGGAAGUUUUGCAAUCUAUGAUUGCAAACGGCUUCGAUGUGACUUCCUUGAUGUGGGCGCUGGGUAGGCUUGCAAUGAAAGAUGUCAGUCUCAUAGGCGCCUGUUUGUCAAGAGCUUCGCGGCUUUUACUGUCCGACUGCUCGCCAAAGGAAGUGUCAAUUUUGGCAUGGUCAUGUUGCAUCCUUGGCGUGCGCAGCAACUUGCAAUGUCGUUUGGGAAGGGAAGCGUUGGAGCGAAUUCAGAACUUUGAAACGGAUGACCUUCUUCGAUUGGCCUGGGGGCUGCCUGAAGGUUCUUUUUCCACUGUGCUAGUGCAGGAACGUGCAGCUCAUCUAUUGAAAAUGACGCUUGAGAGAGAUGGUGCAUCAAAUGGAACCCUUCAGCUGGUUGAAGAUGUGCUUGGCAUAGUGUGGAGUUCUGCCUUCCCUAGGUGUUUGAAUCCAUAUUGCCUGGCCAAAAUCCAUGGGCUCCUGCGAGAUCUGGGCCGACUUCUGGAUGGAGUUGUGCAUGUUGGUGACCGCCCAGCACGGACGCUUGUGAAAUCUGCCGAAGUGCCAAAGAUCCUGAUGGAUUUGUCGGAUAGGCUGGUGGUCUUCAAGCCACCGGGUUGGGAGGUGCAUAAUCAGAACGUGCCACUGCAGUUGAGCGACUUUCUCCAGGCUGAAGUGCCCCUGGGUCCAGUCGCAGAUGAUGUUCAGCACCACCAUGGUUUCCUUCAUCGCCUCGACGUGCCAAGUUCCGGCUUGAUCUUGGUGGCCAAAACCUACUCGGCUUACUACGACCUGCAGGUGCAAUUGAACUCGGGCGACAUCCAGCGGGACUACCUGGCUUUGUGUCAUGGUUGGAUGCCUUCCUUAGAAGAAAUUGCUGCAGCAGUUCAGGUCAUUGAGGAUGGCCUUACAACUUGCGGGGCCGGGCGGCCUGCCCUCAGCCGAGUCAAGGUGCUGUCGCAGCUGCAGAUGGUGAGUGCCCGUGCUGCCUCCCUAGUGGCCUUGCGUUUGGGCUCGGGGCGGCGUCACCAGCUGCGCAGUCAUUGUGCGCAUGUGGGCCACCCCACCGUGACGGAUGGGAAAUAUGCCACGUGGUCGACGUUGCAGGAAGAUGUCAAGAUUUGCCCAAGGAAUUUCUUGCAUCGUUACCGCUUGGCCUUCAAUGAUUCCACUGGAGAACGUCAAGAUCUGAUCGUGCCACUGCCAGAAGAUUUGGCAGCUGUGCUUCUGCAAGUGAUGGGCAAGGAUCAUGUUUCAGCGGGCAACCGGGAUUCCUGCAUGGAUGGGCUUCGGGAUUGGUCUUUGAAGGAGUCCUUUGAAGAGGUGGAGGUGCAAGGCUAUGGCCCUGGUGGAGCAGCAGUGGUGAUCGAAGCGAUGACGGACAACAUGAAUCGAACUCGUAGUGCCAUCAAGGAUGCUUUCAAAGAGGUCAAUGAUAACUGCGAUGCUGUGACGCAUGCGACCUCUUCGGAGAAGCAGCUGCUGCUUUCAGCUCAUCUGCACAAGGCACCGCGGAUUUUGUGUUGCGACGGCCACCAGUGCGGCCUCGACGAGGCAUGUGAGGCUUGGCGGAUCCCCCUGAAUGGGCUGGAUGCCAAGCUUCUGCGGUCUCCACGAGAUGUGGGGCUCACCUACUUUGGAAAAGCAGCGGGGGCUGACCUGGGUGCUGUAACUCCUGGUCAUGCGGGGCAGUACUACCAGAGAGUCCUACCUGCUGCACAGGUGCCUUUUGCUUCAACGGAGGGGCGGAAGCUUUUCAAGAAGGCUCUUCAGGCUGGUACUAUGGAGAGUUUCUUCUUCCUGGCGGAGCAGUUUCGGACCCAAGACGAGCCCACCUUCUGUGGAUUGACCACCCUGGCCAUGGUUUUAAACUCCUUGCGCAUCGAUCCGAUGCGAACCUGGAAGGGCGCCUGGCGCUGGUACAACGAGCAGAACCUCGCCUGCUGCUUCGGCCCCGAACGGGUUCGAGCAGAAGGUCUAUCUUUUGAUAUGUUCUGUUCCCUAGCGCGUUGCAACGGCGCAGAGGUCGUGGCCCGUGGCGCCCCGAUGGCCUCGGAGGACAUCGCUGCGUUCAUCGCAGACUUCCGCGGCGCCGUGCGCACGGUGAGUCGAAGCUGUGACAGGGAAUGUUUAGUGGUGUGCUACACCAGAGAGGUUCUAGGCCAGACUGGUGCAGGUCAUUUCUCGCCCAUUGGAGGCUAUGAUGAGGAGACAGACAGCAUCCUCAUUAUGGAUGUGGCGCGUUUCAAAUACCCGCCCCACUGGGUGCCACUCACCGAUUUGACAGAUGCUAUGCUGAAGAUGGAUCCGAUCACUGGGAAGCCGCGAGGGUAUCUACAUGUUCACCUGCAGAUGCGAAGUGCUCUGCAGGGGGCGCCAUUUCGAGUACCCUUCGUGCCGCCAGCGGCCGGACGACGUCUUUCUGAGGCUUUGGCAGCGAAACUGGCUGACAUCGACUCGGCGACGGGGGAUCAGUGUCCCCUACCAACGUCAGAUACACCGCACGUGGUGGCGAUGCGGCGCUGGCUUUCUGCUGUGGCCGCUGUGGAGCCACAGGUUUGGGGACAGCUGCUGCAGAUUGGAGACCUGGAGGCAGUGCAGGAGGUCUUUGCGCGGCUCGCUUCCUACCAGCCCUUCAUGGAUUUAUGCAAGGCCUAUGAUGAAGCGACCCAGCACUUUUGUGGCGCAGAGUUUCCAAGCCUCCGCUUUCAGGCGUCCCAACUGAGCACGCGGCGGCAGAACGGCAAUUCAGAGCUAGCUCUCUGGAGCUGUGGAGAGCUUUGGGUCCUUUUGCUACUUCUGUUGCCCGAGCAUAUCCAGGUGCUGGUAUCGCCAGAACUGGCUUCAGCGGGCCUUGCGAAGGGCCUGGCUCGCACCAUUCGCGGACCCUGGGCUUUGCCUCUGGAAGCGCAAAGAGAGACGUUGAGCCACAUCCUCCCAGUCCCGAGAGUUAGUAGAGCCCAUGGCUGUGGUAGAGCCCAGCCGUGA